AUGAGUAGUAGUGGUAUGUGUUUCACAGUUGAGGUGAUUGAUAAUGUAGUUGUGGGUGUAGAAGAACCAUGGAAUGAUCAUUGGUUACCAUUUACGAAUCUAGACUUGCUUGUCCCACCGUUUGACAUUGGUUUUUUCUUCUGCUUCAAGAAAACAUCUAAUGAAAGUUUCUCCACCGUAUUAAGCACCCUCAAAGCUUCCUUAUCUCGAUCUCUCGCAGUCUACUACGCCCUCGCCGGCGAUAUCAUAUGGAAUCAAGCCGUCGGAGAGAAUCAAAUUCACUGCAACUAUCAAGGCGUUGACUUUAUCACAGCUACUGCAGACUUGCAGCUCAAGGAACUCAAUUUUUACAAUCCUAAUGAGAUCAUUGAGGGUAGACUAAUGCCAAAGAAAUCACGUGCAGCGUUAGCUAUUCAGGUUACUGAGUUAAAAUGUGGAGGCAUAGUGAUAGGGUGCAUUUUUGACCAUAGGAUAGUGGAUGGGUACUCGGCUGACAUGUUUAUCUCAUCAUGGGCAGACAUAACUCGUACUGGAACUCCGUCUAUGUUUCCCUCACUUGAAAGAUCAUAUCUCAAUCCGAGGCGUCCACCCAUUUAUUCGUCAUCUAUUGACAAUGUGUUUGCACCCUUUUUACCCCCAUCCAAGACUGUAAAUGACCAAAAUGAUGAUGAUGGAGACCAUUUACUCGUUAAUCGCAUAUACUACGUUGAAGGUGAGCAAAUUAAAAGGCUACAACUGUUGGCAAGUGAAAAUGGAUGCAUGAGGUCAAAGGUAAAGGCAUUUACCUCCUUCUUGUGGAAGAAAUUUGCAUUGAGCGUGGAAGACUCCGGGAAGCACAACGCAGUGUGUAACAUGGCUGUUCCAGUCGAUGGAAGGAGAAGGCUGAGGAGGGGGGGGUGGAGAAGAGAAAGAAAACUGAUGGCUUCUUACUUUGGUAAUGUUUUAUCAAUGCCGUAUGGGUCGAAAAAAGCACAGGAGUUAAGGGGGAUGUCUUUGGCUGAUGUUGCUUUGGAGGUUCAUGAGUUCUUGCAGACUGCAACUAACAAAGAGCAUUUCCUGGAGCUGAUAGAUUGGGUGGCAGAAAAACGGCCACAACCACUGAUAUCGAAGGCAUUUGCCGGUGAAGAGAUGUCAGUGAUGGUGUCAGCAGGACAAAGGUUUCACACAGGACAGAAGCGAUGGAAAUUAGAAGCGUGA